GUUCAUAUCCACAUAAACGAGCGACUACUCUCAGUUGUCGAGUUUAUAGAAGUUAGUUGUGAGAAAUUAAACAGUCUGUUUGUUGACUGGCGGCGGUUUUUGCGGACUCGUCGCAUUUAAACUGGACUUCUUCACUUUAGUCCAGCCUGGCUGUAGUGGGUCUGUGCUGCCUGCCUGUUUCUGACACUAAGCUUAUGGGUUUAUCUGUAGUGUUUUCUUAGCUAGCCUGUUCUGUGCUGCUAGCCUGUGCUCGGGUACGCUGACACUGCGUUAGCCCUCUAGCUAACUAGCUUAGCUUAGCUUAGCUAUCUGUUCAGACGUAAAGAGGGCUGUGUGGUCUGCUGGUGUUGACCGUAUGGACCGACCGCUCUCCUCUCAGCGGCCCCGCUCCCCCGUGUUUAUUUAACACCAGCUCUUUUACCGGGUAACUGGCGGACUGGCUGAGCGGGUUAUGCGGAGACUGACAGUUUGGUGGGCGCAAUGUUGCGUUCGUAUGGCUAGCGGCAGGUAGCUAGCUAACGCUAUGUGAGUUAAUUUACGGUAGCUGAGUGAUGUUGGUAUAGCUAGCCUAGACACAGAUAGUUAGCUGAGCUAGCUCCCCAUCUUCUAACUCGUCCGCAGCGCCGUAUAACCCGUGUUCUGGUUAAAUAAGUGCAGGAUGGGUUCUUCAGCAAAGACGUGGAUCCUUCUGAUGGUGAUGGUGGUGGGAAUCCUGGAAGUGACAGCUGAUGUGGAUCCUGAAACCAACGAAGUGCCAGACGCUGAUGCCUCACAGUAUUUUCAUGAUCAGAAAUCAGAAGAAGAUGAGGUGCCUGUGAACUCCAGAGUGGUGGCAGGGCAUUCUGUUUCUCCCAAAGAAGCCCCGCCAAGUGCUGAUAAGCAUCAGAUUAAGGAGGGUAUGACUGAUCAGAAAGUGGAGGCUGAGGGGAUUGAAAAGGAGGACCUUCCCGACCCACUCCCUCCAGCAGAUGCUAGGAUUAGGGAGGUUCCUGUUGUGAUCGGUGGCACCGCCUCUGGGGAACCUUGCCUCUUUCCUUUCCUCUUUCUGGGGAAAGAGUACUCGGACUGCACCACUGAGGGAAGAGAAGAUGGGAGACUGUGGUGUGCCACCACCUACGACUAUGAACGUGACAAAAGAUGGGGCUUCUGUGAAACCGAAGAACAAGCAGAGCAAAGGAGGCUAGCGGAGGAGGCAGAGGAGCAGUACCAGGCCACCCUCAAGCUUAUCAACAGUACCAGCAGAAAGAGCCAGAAGAAAGAAUUGUAUGAGAAACUGCUGAAGGUGGCAGAAAUGGGUCAUGCCAAGGCCAUGGAGAAGGUGGCGUAUGCUAUGCUGUUCGGAGACUAUUUGCCUCAGAAUGUUCCACAAGCCAAAGAAUUUUUUGAGAAGCUGGCCCUCGAGGGGUCCCCCAAAGCACAGACGGCACUUGGUUUCUUAUAUGCUGCAGGAUUAGGUGUAAACUCCAGUCAAGCGAAGGCACUGGUAUAUUACACUUUUGGAGCAUUGGGAGGAAACCUGGUGGCGCACAUGAUUCUGGGUUACAGAUACUGGGGAGGUGUUGGAGUUCCUCAGAGCUGUGAGUCUGCCCUCACUCACUACAGGAUGGUGGCUAAUCAUGUGGCCAGUGACGUGUCCCUGACGGGAGGCAGUGCAGUGCAGAGGAUUCGGUUGCUGGAUGAGUUGGAAAACCCUGGUUCCCCCAGUGGCAUGUUGGAGGAGGAUUUGAUCCAGUAUUACCAGUUUCUGGCUGAGAAGGGGGACGUGCAGGCCCAGGUGGGUUUGGGACAGUUGCACUUGCAUGGAGGAAGAGGGGUAGAGCAGAAUCAUCAGCGUGCCUAUGAAUACUUCAAUCAAGCUGCCAAUGCAGGCAACACUCAUGCUAUGGCCUUUCUUGGAAAGAUGUACUCAGAAGGCAGUGAAUUUUUACCUCAAAACAACGACACAGCCCUGCAUUACUUUAAGAAGGCUUCAGAACAAGGUAACCCAGUUGGUCAGAGUGGGCUUGGUAUGGCCUACCUGUAUGGCAGGGGUGUUCCUGUGAACUAUGAUCUGGCACUCAAGUACUUUCAGAAAGCUGCAGAACAAGGCUGGGUAGAUGGACAGCUGCAGCUGGGAACCAUGUACUACAAUGGUAUUGGAGUGAAGCGUGACUAUAAGCAGGCUCUGAAGUUCUUUAACUUGGCCUCCCAGGCAGGUCAUAUCCUAGCCUUUUAUAACCUGGCCCAGAUGCAUGCCACUGGCACAGGAGUAAUGCGCUCCUGCCACACUGCUGUUGAGCUCUUUAAGAAUGUGUGUGAGCGAGGCCGGUGGUCCGAGAGGCUUAUGGGAGCCUAUGGCAGCUUUAAAGACGGAGACAUGGACUCUGCACUGGUGCAGUAUCUGCUGCUGGCUGAACAGGGCUAUGAGGUUGCACAGAGCAACGUGGCCUUCAUCCUUGAUCAGAAGCAGUCCCAGAUCUUCAGUGAAAAUGAGACCUACCCUCGGGCUCUUCUUCACUGGACUAGAGCAGCUGCUCAAGGUUACACUGUGGCAAGAAUUAAGCUGGGGGAUUAUCAUUUCUAUGGGUACGGAACUGAUGUGGACUACGAGACUGCAGUCAUCCACUACAGACUGGCCUCAGAGCAGCAGCACAGUGCCCAGGCCAUGUUCAACCUGGGCUACAUGCAUGAGAAAGGUCUUGGCAUUAAACAGGACAUCCACCUGGCAAAGCGUUUCUAUGACAUGGCUGCAGAGGCCAGUCCUGAUGCGCAGGUUCCUGUUUUCCUAGCCCUCUGCAAGUUGGGGUUGGUUUACACUCUGCAGUACCUGCAAGACCUUAAUCUCAAGGAGCUUUUUUCUCAGGUGGACCUGGACCAGUUGCUGGGUCCGGAGUGGGAUCUCUACCUCAUGACUGUUAUAGCGCUCCUCCUGGGCACGGUUAUUGCAUAUCGGCAGAGGCAACACCAAGCUGUACCGAGGGCACCUCCAGUUCCCCCAAGACCUCCAGCCCAACCAGAACAGGCUGCACCUGAAGCUGACCAAGAGUGAGACUGCGGUCAAAGCUGGGUGGCGGUGAGCCGACAGACAUUUGGGACCUGGGAUAAUAGUGCAAGGGCCUGCUCUACAGGACAGCUACAGCUGCUGCCACCACCCAGCUACAGGCUUUGACCUUUUCCCAGUGUUCCAAAAACAAAAAACAACAAAAUAAACAAGAACUGUCUAGACUCUCAUAUGAUGCUCUCCAGUUGGCUUGGCUUCUGAGGCUGGAAAAAAAUCAGUAGAAGCAAAAUGGAGGGUGAAGACAAAGGAUUAACUUGCUGUCUCUAAUGCGUGUGGCUCAGGGUAUCACCAGCUGAAGCUUCGAAUAUAUUUGUGCAAAUUAGUGCUCACUCUUUGAGUCCUUGGUAAUGUAAAGUACACUUACUUUCAUUAGCCACUGUGCAAGAAGCCAAGGACUUGCUCCUUUUACCAUGUUUCCCCCUGCACUACUGUAACUGGUUCUCAAGAAAGAGCAGUUUGGCUCAUAUGCCUUUUUGCUGAAUAAAAAGUUGAAAAAACACUGGAACUCAUGAUAAAGUACAAAAAAAUUGAUUAGCAUGCUUUCCUAUUAAAUGUGUUGCUAGCCAACAUGGAUAGUUAGCAAACUUA